AGCGCAGAUGUUUUUCCUGCGCGUCAGUUUCUGGAAGUUGACUGGCUCCUUCAUCCUUCGUCCUGCCCUCCUCUGGACUCAAAACUGGCUGCAGUUAAGCGUCCAAACGGUCGCUUCGCACCUCACACAGAGCUUCGCUGUCUUUGGCACCAUGUCUCCUCUCGCCGCGCGCCUGCUGAUUCUCGUCUGCUUAACUUUGCCGCUCAACGGCGUGGAAAAGGUGAGAAGAGGAUACAGAAAGGAUCCAGACGCAGACAAGUGCACUGGAAAUGAUGCUGAAAAACCCAACUGCACUAGACACUCGGAUGAGGGAAGAUCUGCUUAUGUGAACAGCAUGUAUGGCAGCUGCAUGCAAGGCCCAGCAGGCACCUCUGGUAGAGACGGUAACCCUGGAGCCAACGGCAUUCCAGGGACGCCAGGUUUCCCAGGCCGCGAUGGGCAAAAAGGUGAGAAGGGAGAAUGCAUUAGUGAGAUUUUUGAGGAGCCCUGGAGGCCAAACUACAAGCAGUGUGCCUGGAACUCUCUGAAUUAUGGGAUCGACCUUGGCAAAGUGGCUGACUGUACGUUCACCAAGCUGCGCUCAGACAGCUCUCUCAGAGUUCUCUUCAGCGGUUCCCUGAGACUCAAAUGCAAGAAUGCAUGCUGCCAGAGGUGGUACUUCACCUUUAAUGGAGCAGAGUGCACAGGACCCCUGCCAAUAGAGUCCAUCAUUUACUUAGACCAAGGAAGUCCUGAGCUCAACUCAACCAUCAACAUCCACAGGACCUCUUCAGUUGAGGGGCUGUGCGAGGGUGUCAAAGCAGGACUGGUGGAUGUGGCGGUGUGGGUGGGAACCUGCGCUGACUAUCCCAAGGGUGACGCAUCUACAGGCUGGAAUUCUGUAUCCAGGAUUAUUGUUGAGGAACUGCCUAAAUAAGGAACAAAAGGAACAUGAAAGGGAGGGUCCAGUCUCUGUAGUCUAAGAGUAUGUUAUCUGGCCCUCCAAAAUGAUCAGGUAUGACUUGCUGAGGCGUCACAGCAUCACUGAUUGUAACUUGAAUGUUUUUGUUAUGUUUAAAUACUAUACUAGUGGACAGUCCUGUAAACAGAAAUCCUGUUGUUCUGUCUGCUAGAAAUAAACUUUGUACUGUAA